GAAAACACAACAAUGGAAAAUCAACCGACAAAAUUGUUUGAAGUUUCUUUUGAUUUUAAAUAAUUUCUUUAAUUAUUAUUAUUUAUUAUUUAAUAAAUGAAAUUAAACUAUAUUCAGAAUGAAAUACACAGUUUCAUUAUGUCAUUAAAAUAAAAUGCCCAAGUUUGCUUCGAAAAUUAUCAAAGCGUUUUUAUUUUUCGUAACAAUUGUGACCUGGUGGCACGUACUAGUCACUGCCAAACAUCUACAUUCCGUUCAGUGCGACAAAUCAGCAUAAAAUGGCAUUCACAGAUACAGCAGCAUUUCAAGUACAAGAAAACUUGAAAUCGUUGUUCAGUCUCGUACAAGACAUCGAAAAAGAAAGAAUGAAUAACGAGAUGAUGAUCAAUAACAUAACCAAAACGCACGAUAAAGUCACCUCCGAUGGUAAAAUUACUCCUUAUUAUCAGCAAAAGCUCAAGGGACUUUAUUCGAACGCUAUAAUCGAAGCUGAAAAAGAAGAAGAAGCGAUACGUACAGCACUUCAUAAAAUAAACGAAAUACGAACCAUACGUCACGAAAGAAGAUUAAUGGCCAGAAAUACCGGCAAUAAGGACACGUUUCGAAGAGGAGCUCAUAUGAAAAUGUUACAAGUAUCUGCCCAAACUUUGCCUCUAUGGGUUAGCAAAAUUGGUGAAAAACCACCCCCUCUAUGCGCAGCAAUCCCAGCUGAACCGAAUUAUAUCGCCAAAUCCGGAGACAUGGUCGCAGCUUUGGUUAAAUCAGCCGAACAAGAAGAAGAAGAGAACUGGAUUUUAGCCGAAGUUGUGUUAUAUAAUUCAGCUCUGAGUAAAUACGAAGUCGACGAUAUUGACGAAGUUCAAAAAGAACGGCAUACUUUGAGUCGACGUCGAGUCAUACCUUUGCCAUUAAUGAGAGCGAACCCGGAAACCGAACCUGAAGCUUUAUUCCCCAAAGGCUCAGUUGUUAUGGCCUUAUAUCCUCAAACAACUUGUUUUUAUAAAGCAGUCGUCAAUCAGUUACCAGUCACCGCUCAGGAUGAUUACGAAGUGUUAUUUGAAGACUCCUCAUAUGAUGAAGGAUUCGCUCCUCCUUUACCGGUUGCCCAAAGAUACGUCAUUAUGUACAAAGAUCAUAAAAAAAGCACCAAGUUUAGUAGUUUCAUGUCGUGAAUUGAUUCAAAAAUGACGAAUACAGCUGGAAAUACUAAAAAUAAGUGUUUUAUAGAAUUUUAUAAUUUUUUUUUGUUUGUAUGUACACUCAAAAUAUAAUAUUUUGUAAGCAAAA